AUGGAUUGGACGGAUUGGACGGAUUGGAUACAUGGAUUGGAUGCAUGGAUUGGAUGCGUGGGUGGAUUAGAUGCGUGGAUAGAUGGACUGAUUGGAUGGAUUGGUUGGAUGGAUUGGUUGGAUAGAUUGGUUGGAUGGAUGGAUUGGAUGCGUGGAUGGAUUGGAUGCGUGGAUGGACUGGAUGCGUGGAUGGAUUGUAUGCGUGGAUGGAUUGGGUGGAUAAAUGGAUUGGGUGGAUAA